AUGGCAAGCAGACCUAUGAUGCUGAUCUGGGCUUUGGCCCUACUCUCAGUGUCUUCAGCCACCCAGGGACAGAAAGGUUUCUGGGACUACUUCAGCCAAAACAGCGGGGACAAAGGCAGGGUGGAGCAGUUCCAGCAGCAGAAGCUGGCUCGUGAGCCCGUGAGACUGAAAGACAGCCUAGAACAAGACCUGAGCGAUAUGGACAAAUUCUUGGAAAAACUGGGCCCUCUAAGUGGGCAGGGGCGACAGCCUCCUCGGCUCCCACAGGAUCCUGCGGUCAUGCGGCAGCAGCUGGAGGAGGAGCUGGAGGAAGUGAGGGCACGCCUGGCGCCCUACAUGGCAGAGGCGCACGAGCGCGUGGGCUGGAACCUGGAAGGGCUGCGGAGACAACUGAAGCCCUACACGAUGGAGCUGAUGGAGCAGGUGGCCCUGCGCGUCCAGGAGUUGCAGGAGCAGUUGCGGGUGGUCGGGGAGGACACCAAGGCCCAACUGCUGGGGGGCGUGGAGGAGGCCCGGGGCCUGCUGCAGGAGCUUCAGAGCCGAGUGGUGCAUCACACCGAUCGCUUUAAGGCGCUUUUCCACCCGUACGCUGAGCGCCUGGUAACUGGCAUUGGGCGCCACGUGCAGGAGCUGCACCGCAGCGUGGCGCCCCACGCGUCCGCCAGCCCCAAGCGCCUGAGCCGCUGCGUGCAGGUGCUCUCGCGCAAACUCACGUUCAAGGCCAAAGCGCUGCACUCAAGCAUCCAGCAGAACUUGGACCAGCUGCGUGAUGAGCUCAGCGCCUUUGUUGGCAUCAGCGCGGAUGGGGCUGACGGAACUGGCCCAGACCCCCAGGUGCUCUCUGAGGAGGUACGUCAGCGCAUCCAGGCCUUCCGCCGGGACACCUACCUCCAGAUCGCCGCCUUCACAAAGGCCAUCGACCAGGAGACAGAGGAGGUUCAGCAGCAGCUGGCGCCGCCCCCACCAGGCCACAGUGCUUUCGCUCCGGAUUUCCUGCAAGCGGACAGCAGCAAGGCCUUGAGCAAGCUUCAGGCCCGCCUUGACGACCUGUGGGAAGACAUCACCCACAGCAUCCACGAUCAGGGCAAGGACCCUCUCGGGGAGUCCUGA